GAACAAUUUUCUUCCCAGAAAGGUUUUAAAUUACAUAAUAAUAGUGUAUAGUGCAACUGUGGAGAAUACACUUCAGUAUAGAAACACUACGGCUAUUUACAGUGUACUACAAACUGCUUCUCAUAUAUGCGUAAGAUAAGGCGUGACAUUUGAAAUAGAACACAAUAAUCAUAGUGUAGCCGAUACAUUCAAGAUACAACUGAGUGUAACCAUGGCAGUUUUGGUUGCUCAGGAGCGUGUUAUAAGCACAACAGUUGAUAAUUUUGUCGGAGGUGUUCAAUUCUCUAAAAGAGAUGAUACUAUUACAUACAGCAAAGGCCACAAACCCAUGCCAACUCUCAGGCAAGGCGUGCAAGUUGGAAAUGACCUAGAAUCUGAUGAUAUACCAACUGAUCAUUCGGAUACGGAAGCGGAGGUACAUGAAGAUGAAUUGUACGCGAGUAUGAACACGGACCAUGAUACAAUAGGUCAGUCAGAGGCCCGGGAUGUGUCUACAGGAUGGAUUACACAUCAAGGUACAACCCAUAUUCAAAAUGAAGACAGGGUGGUUGCGAAGCAUUUGGUAUUAAAUAGUGGUAUGAACGUCUCGAUACUUGGCGUCUUUGACGGACAUGGAGGUGAUCACGCUUCUGAGUUCGCUUCAAACAAAACAGUGGAAUCGAUAGAAAAACAGUUGAAGUAUGCCGAGGAGCGUCAAAUGGAGCUGACACACUCAGUAUUCGCUAGGAUACUUCACGAUGCUUUUUUUAUGGUUGACAAGGAAUAUAAUACGGCCAACCCUCUGGCCGAAGCAGGUACUUGCGCUCUCAUAGUAGUUGUGGCUGACAACGUAGUGUAUUCGUCCAACACGGGUGACUGUGAAGCUUUCCUUGUGGCGUUUCCGCAGCAGAGCGCAUCAGACUCUGGCUCAAAAGAUUUAGGUCCCAAGCCGUCGUCUGUGACAUCUGAGGACGAACUGACACUACAACCAGAAGUACCGAGCACCAAAACAAACAGGUCGGUUAGACGUUUGAGUCCAAGCAAAUUUGGUUUGCUCUCAUCUAGUCACGAAUCGAAAAGUCAACUGCAAAGUGAAAGUCCCAAGGGGCUCUCAAAGUCGUCUUCAACCUCAUCUUUGAAAGGAAUGUUGAAAGCAGCCAGGCGUAUUUCGAAGGGCAGUAUAAUGAAGUCUACCAGUAAAUCUGUGGCCUUAACUCCGUCAACUUGUGAAGCGCUUACGGCGCCUCACAACACGAGUAAUCCUAAAGAGGUGGAACGUGUCCUAGCCGCUGGUGGAAGAAUAGAGAACAAUCGCGUCGGUGGGUCACUUUUACCCACGCGUGCAUUAGGUGAUGGGUUUGUCAAAAACAUGGUGUUGGGCGUCAUAGCGGAACCCGAGGUGAGACAGUUUCAAUUAACACCCGGCACCGAUGUGUUCUUAAUAUUGGGUACGGAUGGUCUAUGGGAUUUCACAUCGAAACAUCAGGCUUUCUCAGCUCUCAAUAGUGUUCGCAAGUGCAAAGGAACUCAACCUAAAGAUGUGCCUACCAAGCUGGCUCAAAAUCUUAAGGAUCAUUCUUUGACUUCUGGCCGUCCCAAUAAUGAUGACGUCUCUGUACUUGUUGCUUACGUGCCCGUACUUGACCUCGGAACCUCUAGAAGUUAUUCAAUUAUAUAGGGAAAGACUCUCAGCCAGAGUUCUAAAAGAAAAAAAUGUCGCCCGCUGACCCCAAAUGCAAUUGAUAGUACUGACGAGAACUCGGCUAAUAUCUCAGGCGAGCACUCUUUUAAAUCCAUUAACAUCUGUGAUGACAAGACAACUACAUUGUGGUUUUUACAUAUAGCAGCAAUUCAGUAGGAGCGAGUAGCGACUCGACCGUUCAUGCAUCUGGUCUUGAUUAAAGAAUUUGAAGUACCACUAUCAUUGGCACGUACUAUCUGUCUACAUAUUUGAAUUACAUCGGCCCAAAAAUAAGCUAAACUUUACGUCACGAGAGAAUACACAUUAAAUAAAUCCAUUGUCUCCUGAA